ACUAGUCAACCAGACAGAACCUUUAACAGCCCAUUUGGCGAGCAAGCAAUUUGUUCUCUAAAAUCCAGAGGAAGAGGGAGAGAGGAAUUAGAAUCUGGAAAAUGGCAGCAAUCACGACUGCCUUGAUAGCAGUGGCAGGAAUCAUUCUUGGAUGGAUAGCAAUAGAGAUCGCCUGCAAACCUUGUCUUGAAAAAGGCCGUGAAGCCAUCGAUCGAUCUCUUAAUCCCGAUUACGAUCCCGACGACGAUGUCGUUUCCUCCAACAUUCACGCGCCUCUCAAUCCAAAUUCCGAUGGUCAAUCUCCUGCUUCUUCGACUCCAAUCAAGAUCGUGUGAUCGCCACCGCAAAAGGAUAUAACUGUUUCGGUGUUUGCUUGGUUGGUAUUCAACUAAAAUUUUGUUUCUGUUGUUUUUUCCUUUCUAAAAAACAAUAAAAAAAUGUGAGUGAAGAUUAUAAUUUUCUUGUAAUCGAGACUGGUUAUGGUUUUCCUAGCCUUCUUUGUUUAAAUUUAUUGAAUUUGGACUGCAAAA